AUGAAUAUAAAAGAAAGAAAAGAAGUAUUAAAUCGAGUUGAUCAAAAGCUAAAGUAUCAAGUAGAAACAGAAAUAAAUUAUUGGAAAAAUGUAUUGACAAGAGUUGUAGCUGUUGUGAAAUCCCUUUCUUCUCGUGGAAUGUCUUUUAGAGGUGAUGAUGACCGUUUUGGAUCUGUUCAUAAUGGGAACUUUAUGAUGAGCUUAGAGCUUAUUGCUCAGUUUGAUCCUUUUUUAGCACAACACAUUAAGAAGUUUGGAAAUAAAGGAAAAGGUUCAACAUCAUACCUAUCAUUUAAUAUAUAUGAGCAGUUCAUAAGUAUAAUGGCAGAUAAUGUUAUUCAACAAAUGGUGAAAGAAAUAAAGGAAGCUAAAUACUUUUCCAUCAGUAUUGAUUCUACUCCUGACAUUAGCCAUGUAGAUCAACUGUCGUUCAUUUUUCGGUAUGUUCAAAAGAAUGGCUGUCCGGUAGAAAGAUUUUUAGGGUUUUUACCUAAUUCUGGUCAUAAAUCUGAAGAAUUAGCAGAUGCUGUAUUUUUAGUUUUAGAAUCGCAUGGAUUAGAUAUUAAUAAUUGUCGUGGUCAAAGUUACGACAAUGCGUCUAAUAUGUCUGGUAGAUACACAGGACUUCAAGCUCGCAUUAAAAAAGUUAAUCCUUUAGCAACAUUUGUACCAUGCUCGGCACACUCUUUAAAUCUUGUUGGUAAGUGCGCUGUGGACUGUUGUAUUUAUGUUUCUGAAUUUUUUAUUCUGCUUCAAAAUAUUUAUAAAUUUUUCAGUGCCUCUACUUAUAGAUGGGAAAUACUUCAGAAGAAUUUGAUUAAAACAGAAAAUGUAUCUCUUAAAAAACUAUCAGAUACCAGAUGGUCAGCAAGAUCUGAUGCAAAUGAUAAAACAGAAAAAUCUAUUACAAGAUUAGAAGCUAACGGGAUAUAUUUAAAACUGGAUAGUCUUGAAACAGCUAUAAUGGCCACAUUAUGGGGCGAUAUACUAGAGAGAUUCAACAAAACUAGCAAACAAUUGCAGUCAGUUGAGAUUGAUUUAGAAACAGUUGUAAGUUUAUACGAAUCUUUAAUUCGAUAUGUAUUAGAUUUAAGGAUUGAGUGGGCCACUUUAGCCAAGGAAGCUACUUCUUAUAUUGGUUAUAACCCUCUCUCAACUCUGAAAGAGAGUUGUAACCAAUUGAAAGAGGGUUGUAACCAAUAG